AUGGCCGCCGCAUUUCCCGCAAGCAGCCACACUCGGUCGCUGCUCAUCAUCGUGCUCGUCGCGCUCUGCGCGUCGUUUCUCCUCCUCCCUCUGUUCUCCUCCCAGCCGCCCUCCGAGCGCGGUUCGACACCCCGUUUCGACACGUCAUCAUCAGUCCCAGCAGCUACACUUCAAUUGAACCCAAGCCAACCGUUAUUCAGCUCGCAGCAGCUGAUUGGCUCGUUAGUCCCGCAAAUAGCGCCAGUCGACGUGGCGGUGCCAUCCGAACGUCUCGAGGCGCGAGUGAAAGAGCUCCUGGCCGCUUGGGAUCCGACACGUGCCAUUUCGCCUUCAACUGAAACGGAUAGAAAAGGACGAAAUGCGAAAAACGGACGGAAAAAGCGGGGGAAGAGAGCGAAGGGGAACGCUCCUGCCAAUGCCGCGGAGGAGGAAACAGCUUCCCCGUUAGGCGAAUCCGCGAAAGAACCUCUUCCCCCGGCCCCGCCGGUCCCCCGCGCGCCCCAUCUGGUGGAUUGCGCGGAGCGCGCGAGGCUGCACCGCGAGGAGUGGUGGGCGGCACGGCCUGCGGACGGAUCUCUUCCGCCGUGGGCUGUGGCGUGGCAGGCGCGCGAUCAUGCGUCGCGAGACCCGCGCGCAUACGAGAUGCUUCCGCGGAGGGAGAGAGCGGUGGACAGGGAAGGGGAGGAGGAAGGGGAAAAGGAAGAGGGGGAGGGCGAGGAGGAGGAUGAGGGGGUGAGAGGGAGGGAAGUGAGGGAGAAGGCGGAUCAUGGUGGGGGCGCAGGUGCUCAUGUAGCAACAGCUGCUGCUAGUGGUGUUGGCGCUGCUGCUGCUGCUGCUGCUGCUGAGACAGCUGAACCUUCUUCCCAGCAAUUUUCUCUGAGCACGGAUGCUGACGUCAUAGCGGAGGGGCCGUUUCCGCCAUGGGUGGAGGGCGGGGAGGGCGCCAACCUGCCGCUGACGCGACUCGUGCAGACCCACCUGUGGCGCCGCCAGUUCCCCGCCAACUGCUCCCUCCCCCAUGUGCGGUGCGCUCCCCCUCCCCCCGUCCCCUCUUCCGCCCAUCCUCCCUUCCGCCCAUCCUCCCUUCCGCCCAUCCUCUACCCCCAAUCCCCUCACCUAUCCCAAUCCCCCAUGCAGCGGGCUGUGCUCUCCUGUCCCAACGCCAUGCCCUUUCCCCUCCCCUCGCCCCCCUGCCACUGGCGUCAUCUGCUCCCAUCGCCUCUGUUCAUGUACGCGGCGUUUGAGCGCCGGCGGCGAGAUGGCUUUGAAAAGCAGCUGGCAUACAUGGCGGCAGCGCUGGGGCAGGCGGUGCAGCAGGGGCGCGUGCUGGUGGCUCGCACUUACGAUCGCGCCCAGCACGCGGGGUUGCUGGUGGUGGCAGCGCUGGGGCAGGCGGUGCAGCAGGGGCGCGUGCUGGUGGCGCGCACGUACGACCGCGCCCAUCACACGGGGUGUGACGGGGAGGCCAAUGCGCAUUGGCACUGCUACUUCCUCCCUGAGACGUCUGAUGAGUGCCGCAGGCGGGUGAAAGUGCUAUCAGAGCUUCCUUCCAGCUAUGUGGGCCCAGACCCCAAGCGAGUGAAAGAGCUGUCAGAGCUGCCUAGUAGCUAUACAGGCGCAGACCCCCUUAUAGUCACGGGCCGUAGAGUCACAGAGGCGCCGCUGGAGGAGUGGGGCGAGGGCGAGGGGGACGAGGGCGACGCUGACGUGGCAGCUGCAGAGAAUCCAGCCAAUCAGGUCCCAUCUGUCGACAGCUCGGCCAAUGAGGGUGUAGAAGAAGCGAAACCGGGCAGGACCGGGUCAGCAGCUGAAUAUUUUCGAGCGGAGGUCCCGAGGGUGUGGGGGAAACCGUGGCUAGAUAUGGUGGGGCGAGUAGGGGAGCCAUGGGGUGUGGGGGGAGUAGGAGCAGGGGAAGAGGCCAUGGGGGGGAUAGGAGGGGGGGGAGGGGUGGAGGAGGAUGGGAGUGGGGGAGGCAGAGGAAGGGACGAUGGGGUGAAUGGAAGCCGAUCGGAUCCGAAGCAACUGAAUCGGCUGAAGCACCUGUGGUGGCGCGCCCAGGCGCUGCGCUUCCUGCUGCGCGCGCCCUCCCCCUAUCUCUGCCACGUCAGCAAUGUCAUCCGGCACGCUGAGUUUGGGCCAGUGGCCGCACGGAUGGCUGCGCUGGGGGAAGCUGCUGUGGCCCACGCUGACGUGGCAGGUGAGGUAGGGAGGGAUUGCGAUGGGAGGGAUUGCACGUGGGAGGAGUGUGAGUGUGUUGCAACUCUCUUGUCCCUCGUGGCUCACUUUUCUCUCUCCUUUCCCUCUCUCUUUUCCCUCUCUCUUUUCCCUCUCUCUUUUCCCUCUCUCUUUUCCCUCUCUCUUUUCCCUCUCUCUUUUCUCUCACUCUUUUCUGUCUCUCUUCGGUUCUCAGAUUACAAGCAUACCUCUCUUACAUCUCUCACAUCUCUCACAUCUCUCUCCAUGGAGAGUGACCUGUGGCGGCGGCACCGGGCUGUGUGGGUGCCGCGACCGCUGGUGGGCGUGCACGUGGGGAGAGCAGGGCAAGUGCGCGUGCAGACGGCUGUGCAGAGGACAAUGGGUGCGCUGCUGGCCGUGAGGCAGCACCUCCCUGCUGCCCGCUUCGUGUGGCUCACUGCUGACGAGCAAGAGGCAGGCGUGCAGAGGUCAAUGGGUGCGCUGCUGGCCGUGCGGCAGCAGCUCCCUGCUGCUCGCUUCGUGUGGCUCACUGCUGAUGAGCAGGAGCCAUUGGAUCAGCUAGCAGCAACCCCCGGGUGGACGUGGUUCGACUCGCACACGCCCCGCCUCUCCUCCUCGUCGUCAUCCACAGGAGCAAGCGCCAAUCAGCAGCAGGUGCUGCAGAAGGUGGUGGGAGCAGCGUUCACGAACCUGCUGGUAGCCCAGCAGGCCGAUGUGUUCAUCGGGUCAACCAAGUCUCCUCGGUCUUACCUCAUCUACGCGCUCCGCUCUACUUCUGGGAAGCUGCAGAGCAGCUUCUUGGACACGGGAGUAUGA